AGCAGGCGGCUCGUUCUCAUGCGCCACGCCGACUCUGAGGCGGCAUCAGUCCGCGUGAGGGACCACGAUAGGGAGAUUACGGUGCAGGGCGCGCAGGAGACUCUAGAGGUGGGCGAGCAGCUGCGCGCCGCUGGCUGGCUGCCGGAAGUUGUCAUCUGCAGCAACGCGCAGCGCACGCGGCAGACGCUAGACGUGCUGCAGAAGGUCAUGCCUGAGCUAGGCGAGGCAGACCAGCACUUCCUCGGUAGCCUGUACACCACGGCAGCGCUGGACGGGCAGACGCGGGGCCACCUUUCGGAGCUGGUGGCGGCAGAGGCGGCGUCCUCGCACAGCUGCUGCCUGUGCCUGGGCCACAACAAGGGGUGGGAGGAGGCAGCCUCCUCGUUUGCGGGCGAGACGGUGCGGCUAGGCAACGCGCACGCCGCCCUUCUGGAGGCGCAGGGCGCCAGCUGGGCAGAGGCGCUGGCAGAGGGGACACGCUGGCGGCUGGUCCAAGUCCUCACACCGCGGGCAGCCUGA